UGGUUUGCUCAGAGAAUCAGUCGCAACCUUUCGUGCUGACACUUCGCAACCUUAGAGUGUUGUGCCAGAGGAACUAGUAGCUGGACUCAGGAAGACUCCAGACAUGGUGGAGGAGAGGAUGGGGGACUGUUGGAGCCACACCAAGGAUCAGUUUGACAACUUGGAGAAGCAUACACAGUGGGGGAUUGAGUUUGUGGAGAAGUACACCAAAUUUGUCAAGGAGAGAUCAGAGAUUGAGACCAACUAUGCAAAACAAAUUAGGAAUUUAUCAAAGAAGUAUCAACCCAAGAAGAACUCGCGAGAAGAGGAGGAGAGCAAGUACACCUUCUGUCGAGCCUUCCUGACGACACUUAACGAGUUAAAUGACUAUGCAGGUCAACAUGAGGUUAUAGCGGAGAACUUAACGUCUCAAAUCAUCCUUGAGCUUUCACGCUACCUGCAGGACCUCAAGACCGAGAGAAAAUCGCACUUCCAUGAUGGGCGUAAGGCACAGCAGCACAUUGAGAGCUCGUGGAAACAGCUGGAAGCGUGUAAAAGACGGUUUGAGAGGGACUGUAAAGAGGCAGACAGAGCACAGCAAUACUUUGAGAAGAUGGAUGCUGACAUUAACGUGACUAAGGCUGAUGUGGAAAAGGCACGACAGCAAGCUCAGAUGAGGCACCAGAUGGCCGCUGACAGUAAGGGCGAAUACUCCUCCUACUUGCAAAAGUUCAACCAGGAGCAGAAUGAUCAUUACUUUACAAUUAUCCCCACCAUAUUCCAGAAACUUCAAGACAUGGAGGAGAGAAGAAUUGAGAGGAUAGGACUGUGCAUGAAGACGUUUGCAGACGUAGACCGCCAAGUGCUGCCCAUCGUGGGGAAAUGUUUAGAUGGCAUGACGAAAGCUGCCGAGUCCAUCGAGCCCAAGACUGACUCAAAGCAGGUGGUGGAGUCCUAUAAGUCUGGGUUCGAGCCCCCGGGAGAUGUGGAAUUCGAGGACUACGGUCAGGCCAUGAAGAGGGCGGCGUCUGAAACCAGCCUGUCCAACACCAGAGAGGGCAAAGAGAAGCCCCCUGGCAAGACCAAGCCCAAACUGUGGCCUUUCAUUAAGAAUAAGAACAAGCUUAUGUCCCUGUUAACAUCCCCCCACCAGCCCCCACCUGCCCCCCCAGCCUCAUCCCCACCCUCACCCUCUGCUGUUCCCAACGACCCCCAGUCUCCCAAGCAGCACAAGGAGCCCCUCUCCCACCGCCUCAACGACUUCAUGGCCUCCAAACCCAAAAUGCACUGCCUCCGGAGCCUGAGGCGAGGGCUUUCUCUCAAGCUGAUCACACUCAAUUCCCACGUCCGGAAUCUCAUUGAGGGUUCUGGACCAGAGGACUUCAGCCACCUGCCACCAGAGCAGAGGAGGAAGAAGCUGCAGGGCAAGAUAGAUGAAUUAAAUAAAGACAUUCAGAAAGAGAUGGACCAGAGGGAUGCUCUAACUAAGAUGAAAGACGUGUACGUGAAGAACCCGCAGAUGGGAGACCCCGCCAGCGUAGACCCCCGGCUAUCAGAAAUAGCCCAGACCAUCGAGAAACUCCAGUCAGAAGUGCAGAAAUUCGAGGGCUGGCUAGCAGAGGUGGAGGAGAGGAUGCCAUCCAAGAGUGAUACUCACAGGAGAAGUGGGAUUUAUGAGACCCAGAACAACACAACAGUGAGCAACAACUGUGCGCAGGACAGGGAGAGCCCGGAUGGCAGCUACACAGAGGAGCAGACUUCAGAGACUCAGGUCAAAGCCAACACCCACCCCAUCCCCACCACCACCACGCCGGAGUUUGAUGAUGAGUUUGAUGAUGAGGAGACCUUGCCCACCAUCGGCACCUGCAAAGCCCUGUACCCCUUUGAAGGCCACAAUGAGGGUACUAUCUCCGUGGCUGAGGGCGAGCUGUUGUACGUCAUAGAGGAAGACAAAGGAGACGGGUGGACACGAGUACGCAGGAACGAGGACGAGGAGGGAUACGUCCCCACAUCCUACGUUGAGGUCUUUUUGGAAACAAAUGCCAAAGGCCAGUGGUAAAGGAAUAAAGGACUGAGAGUUAGCUGUACUAAGCUAUAUGAUUCCUAAAAGUGUGAGGCUGGCUGAGGAAUGGCAGGGCAAGCAGCCUCGGAGAAAACCACCACGUUCCUCACACGCUCACAGAAUCAGAGAGAAAAAGCGAAAGGUGACCUGAAUCUAAAAGAGAGAGAGAGAGAGAGAGAGAGAGACGGCCAAUAAUAACGCAUCUCAAUUUCCAAAACCGUUAAAAAAAAACAAAAAAAAAACUCAUCAGCAGUUUUGCGCUUCCUCUGCAGAACUCUGCAGGAUAAGAGAAAUUCAUCUAAAUUUUAGCGCUGAUAACCUUUUCCAUUCUUAACACCCAUUCAGCAGUCACAGCCACAGUAUACGAUUUGCUUUUUGUUGUUGAGCAAAGCUUUGCUUCUUAAUGUAACUAACUCCGCUUGCACCACGCGCGGUCAUCAAAGUGUCUGUUGGCUUCCUCGCCCCUCGCCCCUUUGACUCUGCCACAUCUCUGUUUCCUUACUCCCCCCCCCCACCGCUGCGCACACACACACUCGCAUACGGCAGAGGGUGUGGUCAGAGACAGGACGGAGACCAGCAGGAGCCUAUGGACAAAAGACCAGCUGGAGGAAGCCGUGUCCCUCUUCAUCCAGCUGUGUGUGUGUGAGAGUGUGUGUGUGUGUGUGUGUGUGUGUGUGUGUGUGUGUGUGUGUGUGUGUGUGUGUGAGAGUCAUGAACUCCUCACUCACUCACUCAUUGACUCUGGAGAGAAUCAUCCUGGGUUCAUCUGCCUACAUAUGAGGCUGUGAAAACCUCACGCUCACCUCUCUCUCACUAAAAUCAGCUCCAUAUUUGCAGGUUUCACCCGACUGGAAACUGAAGAAGUUGAAGGUGCUAAUCAUCUUUUUCUGAGUCAUGUCUUUCUGGUUUGUCUGACUGAUCUGAACGCUUGUGCGUGCGCCUUAUUAUGAAGGUUUUGUGUGACGUCGUUUCCCGUUUUCUCCACAUUGCAAUCACUCCCCACAUCCCCAGGACCAACUGUGGAGGGAAAAGAGAUGAUGAUGGGUCCAUUCACCAUCACCCUCAUCCAGCCAAUACCUGUCUUGUCACUGGUGUCUGUUCCUCUCUCUGACCACACCACACCCCCUCUCGCUUCCACGGCCCCUCCCUGCUCAGGCGGCUCAGGCUAUCCCUUGGCUGCUUUGAGCCCCCUACCUACCUUGUUUUUUAUUUUUUUAUUUUUUUGCAACAGCUCGAGGGGCGGGGGCCUCUCAGCGUUGUGGUGUGCUGCAUGCUUGCCCUGUCUUCCUCUUUGCCGCUCUGCUGGCAGCCCAGAAGAGGUGGUGGUGGUGUUGGUGGGGGAGGCUUACACCCCCCCCUCCCCCCCCGCCUCCUGCCUCCAGCCUCCAGUCUUUCCGUUCAGUUAACCCUCAUUGCCUGGUCGUACUGUUUGAAUUAACCUGAAUGCUACUGUUUGGGUUCGGUGCCUGUGGUUCUUUUUUUCUUUCUUUACUUUUUUUUUAAAAAGAAAAUCUCUUUCCUGUUGGUUCAGAAAGCAUGUUUCCUGUUUUUAACAGCAAGUGAGUGAUCACCUCCUCCUCCCAGUGUCCCACCCAGUUUAAUCUCAAAACUGUCAGAAAAGGACAACAGGGACCCGAAAUGUUGUUUUCUGAAUGAUCUUAUGCAUAGGUAGGUCAUGGAUGUCUUGUGCAUUUGUUUUACUGUAAUUUCACAAUACAGUAUGUUGUUGUAUGUUAGUAUUGUAUGUUUUGAUCAGAGUGUCUAACGCAAGUUGAUGUUAGUUUACAGUUAAUCACCUUGUGGGAAUGUCUCCACUCGGUCUAAGCAGCAGUCGACCCAAAAAUAAAACCUAUGAAGAUUUGAUUUCCACCUAAAGUUUUUACAAUGGUCCACUAACUCUCUACUGUAUAUGAAAAUAUACUGUGAUCCAUCAUGUUCCUGUGAAUUUCGUGACUGAAGUGUAACAGAAUCAACUGUUUUUGGGCCUUAACUGGGUUUGUGUUCGAUCACUGAGAGGCAGAAUGAUGCUGAUGUUGGCUGUGGUUUGGUGAAAGGAUGAAGAUGUGAUUAUCUCAGAAGUUUGGGGGGCACAGCAGUUUUUUAUAAUCAUGAAAUGAGAGGAAACGUGUCCACUGACCCCCUCCUCCGGCUCAACGGCACAUAAUGUAUGUGAUUUUAACAAUUUUUUUUUUGUUUUAUAUUUGAUGAUCUUAAGUUGAGAUUCCGCUUUGUGUUUUUAUUUUAAGCUGGAGAUUUAUUGUAGCUUUUUUCUGCCUGAACGGGACUAACAUCCCUUAACUGCGAAUAUAAGUAACAAUUACAUCGUGUGUGUUUUGGAUGAAGCCAUUGCUGAAUAUUCAUCUGAUGCAGAAUAUUAUGAACACUUGAUGAUGAGUAAUGGACAUAAUGACCAUUUGGAGUCGUGAUGGAAGGAAUGAUCAGAUCCCUGCUGAAUCGAAUUUAAGACAGUACCACGUUGGCUUUUUCACCACCCAUCUCAAGAUUUCAAGAUAUCAAACAAGCCUUUUUGUUCGUUUUGUUGUUUCUGAGUGAUAAAUGACAAGAUAAAUCUGACGAGGCAAAGGCCACCGCUUCAGUGGCAGCAGUAGCUUUAUAGUAGCCGCCCGCUUGCCAGUGCUCUACAAUGAGACCACCACAAACCUUUUAAUCGAUGCCCCAGAAUAACCUGCCUGUACAGUGGAAAUGGCGUGAUGGAAUUAGAGAGAAUAUAUAUGAAUAUAUAAAUAAAGUUUAAAAAAGGAAAACAUCUAUUUUAACUAUUGAGAGUCUUACCAUUACUUUAUCUGCUUUGCAAAGUAAGACUUCCUUUCCUUUGUAAGGUCUACCAAAUGGUGUGUUUUGCACUUUUUCGUUUGUGUUCCAUUUGGUAGCCCAUGCUUGUGUUUUGGAGCACUGAAUACUUUGUAUUGUGUUUACUGUGCCAAUUAAAUAUGCCUGGAAAGUAAA